GGAGCCUCCGCCUCCUCGCAUGCUCAGCGUCUUCGAUCAGCGCUGCCCAUCCCCCUCCUCCCCUCCCCCUUCCCUGCUACAGCCUCUCCUCCUCCCUCCCCUCUCCUCCCCGCCAGCAUGGCUACCUCUCCCAAGAAGAUCGCAGAGGCAGCGGCGGACGCAGUGGAGAGGAGGGGAGGGGGGCUGCUGGCAGGGUUUCCGAGGACGAUGGAGGAGGCAGAGGCUCUUGAGGCAGCGCUGAAGAAGAAGAAGAAGAAGCUCUCCUAUGUCAUCCUCAUUGACGAUGGGGACGAGGCCUGGUUCGAAGAGGCGGACGCCAUGCUCGCGUGGUACGACGAACGAAAGAUGCUCAAGACGGUGGACGGGACUUCUUUCGACGAAGUGGUGGAGGAGGACCUCCUGCGCAUCAUGCACGAGCUGCUGGCGGAGGAGAGGACGAGAGCGAUGAUACAACAGGACACGAAGUUCGUGGUUGAGCCGCAGCUGAGUGCAGACCUGGAGCAGUCCUCUUCCUCCCUGCUUGGCGGAGCUUCUCAGACUUGGCAGGAUGCGGAGAACGUGCGAUGGAUCGAUCCGAGGACGAUGGGGAACUCGGUCUCACUGGGAGGAAGAGAGUCAGUGCUGCUGUCCUCCAUACGCCGCAAGGAGUACACGUCGAACGAGAGGUUGAGGAUUGACAUGCGUAGGCACGAGAGGUCAAAGCAUGAUCCCACAGACAAGUACGCCACGCCGCUGACCUCGUCCAUGGUGGUGGGAUGGGGCGCAAGGAAAGAAGAACUUUACAAGAAAGAUCCAGACAUGUUCCAUCCCCGGAUGAAGUCAAGGGAAACCAUGUUUGCCGAGGCUUUGAUUCUCGGACCUCGUCACCCCUAGCCUUUGGACCCCUACCGCCCUUCCCUCCUCCUCCUCCUCCUCCUCUUCCUCCUCCUCCAUCAACUUCCUGCUUCCUUGAGCUUGUUGGGAUUGACCUGCUCAAGUCUAAGAAAAACCAGAAAAAUGAAGAGAAAAGC